UUUCGUCACUCCUCACAGUCGUGUAUGUGGCGCGUGAAAGUGAGAGGAGCGAGCUUACAUGACGUUUGACAGCCUCGCGCUGCAUGCCGGGAUACAGCUCGUUCUUGUUUACAAGAUGACAGUGAAAACCGCUACACUCCGACUUAAACACGGAACAUAAGUCCUCUUUCUGACGCUGGCGCACCCGAGCCGUGAACACGCGUGCAAAAAACACAAGUAAUUUUCUUGAGACGGAGCCACUGAAACGCGAGCACACGGAGCUGUCAGUCUGUCACACGAGAGAUUUUUUUCGAGAUUAGUUUUUUUUUUUUUUUUUUUUUGCACAGUCACUGACAUACGCUCAGCUAUCUGUCAAAUCACAGGUUUGCGUCGCUGGAAUAGAAGUGCCUGUAAUAGAAACAAAGCUGUACUUCCUUUUAAAGUGUGGCAGGCUGCUGUUCACCAGCUCUAAAGGUUAACAGCUCAUUUAUAACCAGGAUUUUACACCUAGGCCUCCAUCACUCUGGAACAGCGUAGAUCUGGACUCAUCAAGACCACAUGAGCUCCUUCCAUUGAGCCAGACUCCAACCACAUUUGCUCCUUCAAGACGAUGGUUCCCCGCUUUCCUUCCAGUUUUUAGCAGGGAACAGGCUAAAGUUUUAAUCAUUUCUCCAAUCUCUUUAGAUAUCUUCUCUGCUUGAUGAAGGCCAUGGAUUUAAACCCUUUCCCAUAAACACAAGGAUGUGUCUUUCGACACAGUUGUUUCAGAAACAAGAAGCUGCUUAUUGCAUCAGUUGGGGUUGAAUAACAUGUUGCCAGCUGACAAAUAAUCGGUCAUGCAGCAAUCGUCCCUGUAGGAGGUUCCUGUACCUGUUUGCUAAGUUAAAUCCAAGUGGAUGUUUUUGGGGGGCAGGAAGUGUAAAAAACAAAAUAAAGUCACUGCUGAUGUUUUGGGUUUUUUUGACAUUGUGUUAAACGCACACAGGUCUACAUUAUCAUUCACAUUUAAUUAGUGGGACCUGGCUGAUGCUUUCUUGUCCUCUUUGGCAGCUGAAACACUGUAAGGGCAAAAACUACUUACCCUGCACCUUUAGGGAACAUAUGGGAUAUUAAUAUGCAUCAUUAAAGGGCUAUGAAUCUUCUAUCUGCUGUAAAUAUGGCUUGUAUGGCUGCUGCUGCUCUACAGAUUAGCACAUCAAAUCUUCAGGUUUCAAUGGAGAAAAAGUAGUCAGUAAACUUAGGGGGGAGUAAAUAUAUUUUGAAAUAUGUGCAUCAAAUAAUAGGAAUUUAUACUUUUGCUCGUCAUUCUUUCAGCUGACUGUCCUCCGGCCUGUAGACAGGCGUCUGAAUCCAGCCGAAUGAACAGAGCGACUGCAAAGCGGUUAAUUGAACGCUACUUCCGACAGUUGACUGAGGGCUGUGGAAAUAGCAACUGCACCAAUGAGUUUUGUGCCUCUUGUUCUACUUCUCAACCUCUGGGCAACAACGCGGCAGCUGCUAAAGCGCUGGAACUGUUCAAGGUUAAUGCCAAACUCUGUGACUAUUACCCCUCUGUCGAGUCUGACGAAAACUCUCGGCUGAGGCGUGAGAUGAGCACCGAGGAAUUCUCAGAUGUUCACUACCUCACAGAGCACACCGUGUGUAGGAUAUUGAGUGUCUGCGAGGAAGAAGGGAACUACUCUGCUCUCGUCCACGUCGUUGGCAGGAUAUUCUCCAACGCAGACGCUCUCAUAAAGAGUUUCCGGAAGGAAGAACCAAGUGCCGCCGCCAAAACCCUCAAUUCUCUUGAAUCGAAAGACGAAGAGAAACAGAGCGAUCAGUCGUCAGAGAAGAAGCUCUCUUCCUCUGCUUCCCCGCCCGAUGAAACUCCAAACGGAAUCCCCAACUCCUUUGAGUCUUCAGUAGACAUUGACGCAGUUCGGAGGGUCUACGACAAACUCCUGUCCGUCGACCAGGUGGAGUCUGCCCUGGUGAACGCCAUAAUUUACCUCACUCCAAACGUGGAACUUGACUUGGAAUAUCUUGAUGUGUACGAAGCAAACCCAGAUUAUCUGAAUAUUUUCAUCAUAGUGAUGGAGAACAGCAACCUUCACAGCCCGGAGUACCUUGAGGUGGCGUUACCUCUGUUCUGCAAGGCGAUGAGCAAGCUGCCGCUCACCGCCCUCGCUUGCCUGUCCAAGCUGUGGUCGACGUUCGGCCUUCCGCACGUCCGCCGUAUGAUGGAGACCUUCCAGCAGCUCAUCACCUUCACAGUCGUUAGUAAUGAAUAUGGCGCGGAAAACCUGAUAAACGACGACGAGACGGUGGUGGCUGCCACCAAGUGCUUGAGGGUUGUCUUCUACGCAAGCAUCCUCGGCGGGGAGGUGGACGUCGAGCACAACGAGGAGGACGACGAAGACGGCGAGUCAGACGAACUGACGCUGCACGAGCUGCUGGGCGAAGAGCGGCUCUACAAGAAGGGCCCGCGGGUCGAACCUCUGGAGAAGGAGCUGGGCGUCCGUCCCGUAGACGGCGUCAAACCCCUCAUCCCAUUUGAGGAUUUUGUCAAUGAAUCGGUGAACGAAGUGAUUGAAAUGGACAAAGAUUUUACCUUCUUCAAAGUCAACGCGGAAACCAAGUUUUCCUUUCAGAGCUGCCCCUUCAUCCUCAGCGUCAUCACCAAGAGCCAGGGUCUGUAUUACGACAACAGGAUCCGGAUGUACAGCGAGAGGCGCCUCACCGCACUCUACAGCAUGGCGCAGGGCCAGCAGCCAAACCCCUAUUUGAAGCUCAAAGUACGCCGAGACCACAUCAUCGACGACGCCCUCAUCAGACUGGAGAUGAUUUCCAUGGAGAACCCGUCAGACCUGAAGAAGCAGCUGUAUGUUGAGUUCGAGGACGAACAAGGCGUAGACGAAGGAGGGGUGUCGAAAGAGUUCUUCCAAUUGGUUUUGGAGGAAAUCUUUAAUCUGGACAUAGGAAUGUUCACCUACGACGACGACACCAAGCUUUUCUGGUUUAACUCGUCCUCGUUGGAGAACGAAGCGCAGUACACGCUUAUUGGGAUCGUUCUGGGGCUCGCCAUUUACAACAACUGCAUCCUGGACGUUCAUUUCCCCAUGGUCGUCUACAGGAAGCUGAUGGGCAAGAAAGGGACCUUCCUGGAUCUGUCAGACUCACAUCCAGUUCUCCACCAGAGUCUGAAGGAAGUGCUGGAGUACAGCGGCAGCCUGGAGGAGGACAUGAUGCUCACCUUCCAAAUAUCGCACAUGGAUCUUUUUGGAAACCCCGUACUGUAUGACCUGAAGGAGAAGGGGGACCGGAUCCCCGUUACCAAGGAGAACAGACAGGAAUUUGUUCAUCUGUAUGCAGACUACAUCCUGAACAAAAGUGUGGAGAGCCAAUUCAAAGCCUUUAAGAAAGGUUUCCUGAUGGUCACAAACGAGUCGCCGCUCAAAUACUUGUUUAGACCGGAGGAAGUCGAGCUUCUGAUCUGUGGGAGCAGGAAACUUGACUUUGAAGCCCUUGAAAAGACAACAGAAUAUGACGGAGGCUACACUAAGGACAGUCAAAUUAUCAAAGACUUCUGGGAAACCAUCCACUCUUUCGGAGAGGAGCAGAAGCGACUUUUUCUCCAGUUCACCACAGGAACAGACAGAGCUCCAGUAGGCGGUCUCGGUAAACUAAAGAUGAUCAUCGCGAAGAACGGCUCCGAUUCAGACAGGCUACCAACCUCCCACACCUGCUUCAACGCCCUGCUGCUCCCUGAAUACUCCUCCAAGGACAAACUGAAAGAGAGACUCCUCAAGGCCAUCACUUACGCCAAAGGUUUUGGAAUGCUGUAAUGGAUUUCCAAAGAGAGUUUUCUGUCUGUGCGGGAAAGAAACAACAACAACAACAAAAAAGGGAAUGCCACCAAAAAACGACAACAAACAAAAUGCUGCAAUGAUAAUUCUGUGCCUAAUCAGUCUCUCACAGACAAACUCCACUGUUGGCCUUCCACGCUGAGCGCUCACUUGCUUUGUAACCUUGUCACUUACGUCUGCAUUAGAAAUCCCAAAAAAAGUUCAGCCUUCUCCCAUCCCCACGUGUUCUGGUCCUGAAAAGGCGAAAACCCGUUUGUGAAACUGUGAAAGUGCGCUUACGUGUAGAACAUAAAGUUUAUUUAUGAUGUUAGUUUGACUUCUGAUGCCUCUGACGUUUUUGGAAAUGUAGCAGUAUUUAGUCCUCACUGGGCCUGACGGUGCUCCUUGGCUGCGAUUGUCAGUUCAGUAGACUGAGGUGAAGAAGCCUUUUAUAUUACCUGCUCACUGAUCUUCAGUUCAUUUUAUGAUUGAAACCUCUGUGCCGUGCCUCCUGUAGCGGAAAUGGACUAAAUAUCGUUUGCUGUGAUCCUGAUGUGAUGGUGUUGGCUAAGUGUUUUAAAGGGGCAGUGUUGUGUAAAAUUGGCUUUUUGUUUUAGCUUUACAUCAUGUUAUAAUGUUACUCCCUCAUCAAAAACACACCUGGAGUGUUGCUUUUUCUUUAACGCUUGUUUGAGUAAUCCUUGAAUCUCCCAUGGCAACCGUUGUGGGUGCAUAAACACUUGUUCUCACCUAACGCCACAUUUUCCACUCCUUUCAGCUCCUCCAGACUAGUGGCAAACUACUUGCAACGCUCCUAUGGACGGCUGUAAGCAGCUUAAUGGAGAGAUGUUGUGAUGACUUCCUGAAGGCUGAGUUUCAAAAAGAACAGGAGCUUCUUAAAGAGACAGAGGCCCAAUAUCAAGGAUUUAAUUGCAAAGUCAAAGUCAUGUAUGAUAUAUGCAGCAUUUUUAUAACAACUGACAGUAACGUAGUUACUCGAUUAUGCUAUAAAAUGGCGCCAUGUGCCUGGAAAGUACAUAAUGCCGCCCCUUUAAGAUUACUUAGCAAUUGGUUUAGUGUGUGAGAUCUUUUAAAAAAGCCUCUCUUGGCUUGUUUCCUAUGAGUAACUGAUUUGCACACUUGCCAAAUGUGCAAGGCCUGUUUAAGGGAAACAGCCACAAUAAGUGUUUGAUUUGGCCAAGUAUCUCAGGUAUGUAAAGAAUUUGCAGAAAAUGUGAAAACCCUUCUGUAAACUCUCCAAUAUGCAAGGUAAAUAAAGGUGAGAAAUUGUA